CCCAGGUCCACACUUUUGCGAUCUAAAUUUCAUCAUCCAAAGGAACCAAACAAUUAUCUCUUUCACAUUUUCCACCAGAUACAUCUUACAAGAUGGAUCACGGUUACGGCAAUCAUAAUCCUCAGCACGAUGGCCGACCUGGCGAGGCUGCGUCAUACUACGGUGGCAUGCCGGAAACGCAACACGGUUCUGAUGGACCAGGAGGCUAUGGCCAGCAGCACCGGGAAGGGUAUGGUCGUAACUCGUCGUACCCAGGGGAUGGCCAAGGCUUUGAAGGCGACGGUGAGCGCGGUCUCAUGGGAGCUGCGGCUGGUGGUGCCGCUGGUGCCUUUGCUGGCCACCAAGCCGGACACGGCGUCCUUGGGGCGCUAGGCGGUGCUUUCGCCGGCCACAAGUUGGAAGACUUCGCCAAAGAUCGUAGGGAAAGUAAGAAAGAGGAAGAGCAGCGAAAACACCAGAUGCACUCCCCGCCUCCGCCUCCUCCUGCUUACAACUCGGGUGAACAUCGCCAGCAUGAACCCCACGGCAACCAGCAAUCUCAAGAUUCUCACAGCCAAAGCCGCUCCAUGGGCGGCGGCGGCCUUGCCGGCAACUUCUCGGCUUCGUCGCACGACGUCCAUCUUGAAGGUAAUUUAAUCCUUCGCGCCACGUGCCGACGCCCGGGCGGCGCGGAUGAGCAUAGCUCCAUCGAUCUCAAUCGUGUCCUCGGAAACCAGGACGGCCAUUUCCAUUGGGUGAGCGGCUCGGGCACUACGAACUAUCAAGUGAAGCAAGGUGAUACGUUGCGGGACAUUGCCCGUCAGUACCAUUGCGGAUUUGGAGAUAUUGCUAAGAUUAACCACCUCGACAACCCGGACUUAAUCUAUCCUGGGCAGAAUUUGCAGGUCCCGCGCCAUGAGGGUGGGAACUUUGGCGCGUCUGCGAGGGAUGUGCAUUUGGUGGAUGGGGGACGGGUUUUGGAGGCGGAGUUAAAAAAUGUUAGAGGAGACUGGCAUAGAAGUCGGGUUGAUCUGAACGAGCGCAUAUCCAAUAACAACGGCCAUCUGUGCCUAGUUUGAAAGAACUCUGGUGUAAGCAUCGAAUCAGUCGUAAGAAGCUGAGUAUAGUUUUGAAACCCCCAUAUUUAGCCAGCUCAUCAAAUUUGUUAACUUAAGUCCCUUUCUAAUCUUUAGAAAUCGAGUCCGUCAAUGGUUGUGAAAUACACUCUGCUCCGACAGGAAGUAACUAAAACUUGGAAAAGGAUGAAUUUACACUCUAAAACUCGCAGCAUUCAUUGUAAAUAUGGUUCGUUAGGUGAAAGUUUCUUUGUCGCAUGUAUUUCGAAUAGUUCGCACUAUGCAACACAGUUAUGAAUAAGGAGUUUUCUUCCCUUGCUGCUGGAGGUUUAAAUUAUAAAGACGCGGCGCUCCUCGAGCGAACCUCGGAUGGGGACAUUUUACCAUUACCCAUUUCGGGACAAAUGGGUCACGGAAAUACUUAGUAGCCCUCGACUCCACGUUUCUUCGUGGAAGCGGAG